CCCGUAUAUUUAUUUUCUAGCUUGUAAGAAAUAAUUCCCGCAUAUUGAAAUUAGGGCAACAGAGAUGCAGAGGUUUUUCAUUGCUAUAUAAAGCCAUCGUACUCUCCGUGAGUACGUUUCAUCCACGCAUACUUAUUCACGCACGAAAACUAUCUUCGCACUAUGUCUGCACCAAUCAACUUUACUGGCAAGAAUGCCCUCGUUACUGGCUCCUCUAGGGGCUUAGGCCUUGAUGCUGCGGAGGGCUUAGUCCGCACUCAGAUCUCCGUUAAAUAUCUUGAAUCUAUCGCCGCCGAACACAAUCCAAAGUGCCAGAUCGUCGGGGUUGCUGCUGAUGUAACCAGUGAACUGGGUUUGGAUAUUCUUUAUAAGGCUGUUGUAGCUAAGGUGGAUAAGCUCCACAUUUUGAUUGCCAACGCCGGUAUUGCUAAGGGUGGAGCGAUUGAAACCCACCCUAUUUCGGCUAUUCGUGAAGUUUUGGAUGUGAACAUUACCGCAGUCUUUGCUUCUAUUCAGAAGCACUUGUCCUUAUUGGAGAAGGACGGCACUCCUUCCGACCCCGCCAGAAUCUUGAUCACCGGUUCUAUCGCUGGCAUUGGCGCCGAUGUGGGCGUGGGCGGUAGCUACGGGUAUGCCGCUUCCAAGGCUGGUGUGAACCACUUGGGUAGAGUUCUUGCGUUGGAGUUGGGUCCGCGUAAUAUCACCGUUAAUGUACUUGCGCCAGGUUUCUUCCGUACCGAAAUGACCGACGGUUUGUUGGACGUUAUGGGAAAGGCCUAUGUGGCGAACAACCCAAGAAGGAGAGUGGGCAGCUCGCAGGACUUUAUGGGGAUCGUUCAGUUCAUGUGUGGUGGUGUUGGUAGUGACUACCUCAACGGUGUUGUGUUACCAAUCGACGGUGGGAUCCACCUAGCUGGUCGUCUGUAUGAGUAG